AUGUUUGGCCGUCGACGAAGACCAGUUCUCGGCGCCGCCGUACUCGUCGGCGCAUCCAGGGCAGCCGCUAGACGUGAAGUACAGAGGCAGUCCAUUUUGGAAUCUCAGCGUGAGAUGGACAUACAGCGUGAAGUUGAUAUGCGGAGGCUCCAAGAGGCGGAGAUGGAACAGCGAACACAGCGUGCUGUCGACGAAGCGAUGAAAAAGGCAGCUGUUGAAAAUGCAGUUUCUCAACAAAGCGCCGCUGUGAUGGUGUCGCCGCCUCCACAGCAAAUCUACAAUACCCCAUCACCAAUGCCAAUGCAAUCGCCACCCGGACAGUCCUACGCAUUGGCACCAAACAUGAUGCCUGGCUAUCAGCCAGAGCAGAUUGGUCGCGUCCCGUCACCGCGACCGCCGCCGGCAUACUCUUCGGAGUCUCUAUCACAGGAUAGGCCAAAGAGUGCGCAAGGCAUCGGCUCUGCAGCGCCAGCUACAGAGUCAAGUGUUCGAUAUUGUACCCAAUGUGGCUUCGGUUGUCAAAUUGGAGAUAAAUUCUGUAGUCGAUGCGGCGCACAGCAAGUCUUUUAG